UUCUGUAAGUGCACCGUGCCACCACAAAUAUUAUCCACACACACCAACAUCUCUGCUGCUGUGUCGAAGCGCGCAGGGUGAUAUCUGCCGUCCCGUGCAAAACCUGCAAACGCGAUGCUGCAUCUCUAAAGCAGAUUAAACAAAACAGAAAAGAGUCUAUAAAUUCGCCAAGGUGCAGAUUAACCUCUCCCCGUCACUCCCCUCCAGACUGACGACUCUCUUCGUUUAGCAGAAGACCAACGACACUCUUUAUGUGGCCGAUUAAUUCACUGAAGGAUCCGUGGAGAGGCAGCAGAUGUGACCGGGCUGGAGUAACAGGCUGCACCUCCGGAUAAACCUGGACAAACUUCCCCUCCUAGUCUCCAACACACUCAGCUGUACCCGGUGCUUUUUUUUGGGUGUGUGUGUGUGCGCGCACCGCCUCUUAGUUUAUUUCUACGUGGGUGAGCAGUGUGUGUGUGAGUGCGUGAGUGUGUGUGGCACCUCCCCGCUCCUCCAUAGAUCUGGUUGCCCCCCUUGUACUAACCUAACACCAUGCACUUCUUCUCCUGCACCUCCUGGCAGCUGUAGUCCCUCAGACUAGUCCCCCCUUCUCCUUUGCCUUGCUUUUGGACUUCGGACCCCCGCGCGUCAUGUCUGGACGCCUGAAGCCGGUUCCGUUGCAGGACCGCGUGCUUCCUUUGUAACUGGAUCUACUUUUUUUUGGAGGGAGAAGAGAGGAGGGCAUGCUCUGCUCGUCUCUGGAGAACACUUGCAAAGAGAAGAAAGUAGCAAGAGGAGGGUAGAGGAGGAAGAAGAAGAAGAAGAAGAAGAAGAAGAGGAAGAAGAAGAGGAAGAAGCAGCAGCAGACGGAGACGCGUCAGAGAGAGAAACUUACCUGUAGAUGUUCGACCAGACCACGACUAUGGGCGAUGGGAACCACCGCUGUGGACCCAACCCGCUGUGUCCGGACCGGAUGGAGACAAAGUGCCGCACCGAGAUAGGGAGCAGGUCCCCGGUUCAGAGCUCCACCGACACCCCGGGAACGUCAGCGUCCACGCCGACGUCCUCCAGCGAGGACGGACACGACAAACUUUUGGGAGUGGACCCUGACUACUGCCGGAGGAUACUCGUGAGAGACGCCAAAGGCACCAUCCGGGAGAUCGUCCUGCCAAAGGGCCUCGACCUGGACCGGCCCAAGCGCACGCGGACCUCCUUCACCGCCGAACAGCUGUACCGGCUCGAGCUCGAGUUCCAGCGGUGCCAGUAUGUCGUGGGUCGCGAGCGCACUGAGCUCGCGAGACAGCUGAACCUCUCCGAAACACAGGUCAAAGUUUGGUUCCAAAACCGGCGGACCAAACAGAAAAAAGACACCACCAAGGACUCGGACAAACGCUCCUCCUCCAGCAACGAGUCAUUGGCCACCUGCAACAUCCUGCGCCUCCUGGAGCAGGGCCGCCUCCUGUCCGGCCCCGUCCCACCUCACAACUCCCUCCUCGGGCCUCCGCAUCCGGCCAACGGCUCCCUGCUGAGCAGCCCAGGUGGAGGCUCCUCCACCUCUCCGGGGAUCAGCAGCAACACUCCUCCCAGCUCCCUAUCAGGGGGGACGUUCGGGCUGUCGCUGCCCUCUCUGGGCGGCGCUCCACCCUCACCGCGUUUGGGCGUUCCUCCGCCUCACUCCUUGUGCUUCUCCAUGCCGCUGCUGGGAGGCGCUCAUCACGAACUGACCUCCGCCUACGGGUGUGGAUCUUCAGCUUUUGAGCCGUACAUGCGGCUGGACAGGAAGGAGGCGGAUCUGGGAGGGAAGAAGACGGUUUCUUAAGUUAUAGGACACCUGGGGGGUAGGACUAGGACUUGUAAGAGCACUCUUUUGCUGCCUGUUUGACACCUGACAGGCAGCACCAAGGGGGAAGAAAACACCCUGGAUCACAAGAAAUCUGGAAAAGGAAAGUUCUUUUCCUUGUGGCACCGUUUUGUGCCACAGCACUGACACGAAUAAUAAAACUGACUCGAUGUGACGGACUUUCCCACGUUAGAAAAAAAGAAACAAAACUUGUGAAUUUUUGCAGAAAUGCCGUGUGUGUACGUGUGUGACCCCUGACAGACAGAUGUUUUUAUCUCCACUCUCUUCGCAGUGGUUUUAAGUGGCUCUUCACUUUGUGUCCAGUGAGUUUGUGUGUGUGUGUUUUCUCUCUAUACAGGCCUUCAUUUUACUGUUCAGGAAAAAAAAAUAAUACUUGACAUAAGAAGUUCAGACUGAAUCAGCGUCUGAAUGAGAGGAGCGGCAUUUCAAAGCAAGCAGUUUGUACACAUUCCGGUACAUUUUCUCAGUACAAGUGGCCAUGUUUGAUUUUUAGUUGAUGUGCUUUCACGAUAUGGAAGAAACACUGAAGAAAAAAAAAGAAUCGUAGCAUUUAAAUAUCAGUGUGUUUGGUGUCCGGCGGUAGUUUUUUGGUAAAUUCUUUAUUUGGUUGUGUUUGUGUAUGAAAUAAUUUGUGGUAGGAUCUGGACAAAAAUGGAGCAAAAAGAAAAAAAAUCACAUAUCUAGAUCUGAUAGUUUCAAAAUAAAAGAACACGAGAAGAAAGAAGAGAAAGCUGGUUAGAUUCUGCCAAAGCAUUUAUGGAUGAAGCUCACGUUUCCUCCAAUCACUGACGACCUUUGAACCCCAAAAACUUUUCACACAGUCAAAAGCGAAUUUUUGAACAUCUGUCCCAAAUUUGUAUUUACAGAAGUCUGUUUUGCAUCUUGACUCAUCAGCAGAUUUGGGAUUACAGCUGCAAUGAUGACAAAAAAUCAUCUGCAACAAUCUUCAUAAUCUCUUCAUUUUCACACAUAAACACCAAACUGCUUCUCAUUAAUGUUUUGUUUUUGUCGUAUAUGACGAUACAUUCUAAAGACGCAAUUUUCUUUUUUUCAUUCCUAAGGAAAAGCGAGUACUCAUUUCAUUCAGCCCUCGCUGGGAUGAACAUGCAAAGUCACAAAAAGCCUCAAUCCGUGUAAUAUUUGCUACCCCCAAAACACUUCUUUUACGAGUCAGACGUUUCAUGGUCUCGACCGUCAUCACAAAACACUGAAAAGUCUACCUUAGGCACAUUUUUUAGACUGCUAUAAGCUCCAUAGUCACAUGCAGAAAUUAGUACUUAUAAUGAUAUACUUUUAUUUUGAAAUUUGUGUUUGCUUCAUAAUUCCCCUUUUGAUGUUUCAGCCCUUGAUCGCUCUACUUUUAGACGUCAUGUCCCCCAGCUUGCCCCUCUUUUAAAGCACUUUAUGUUUUGUCCUAGGAUUUUACACCUCCUCCAAAAUCUCCACCUUUUUUUUUUUGUAUUUUGACCCCGGAUUGAGAUUUCACACAUUUAGCAAAAGAAAAAAAUCAGAGGUGUAAAUCAGAUUAUUUUUUGAUAGAUAUAUUUAAGAAUAAAUCCAACAGUUGCUCCUUUUAGUUUCGUUUUGAAGUGAUUGAUUUGAAGACCUCCCAAAUUUUGACUUUUCUCUGUAGCGGUUUCUUCCUUCUGCAAAAGGACUAAAAAAAGAAACAGCUGCAGUACUUUAACUUUAUUUUUCUCUCCUAAUAUGAAGAAAUGAGUCCAGGUUUCCAUGCUGCCCAAAGAGAAUCAAAGCUCACUUUUGAGUAACUGUGAAUUGACCCCAAUUUGCCCCCAAUUUACACGUGUCAGCCGAGUUAUCGCCUCUAUUCAAAACUUCCAUCUCUGGUCUGUGUGCUGCCUCUUAUUUCCACCUCACACUUCCUCAUGAAUCUAUUCAUCUGUAGGUUUCGUGUCGUUGUGAGGUUGAAUACUUUCCCCUAGAGGUGACUCGACACCUAUUAAAGGAAACUCCAACACUCCCAUGACAUCAAUUUAAAAGUAAAGACACGUUUCUGCGCUGCACGUACAUUUCUCGUCCAGAUUCUGACCUCAGCCGAUGAAAACGCUCCCCUGUCUGUCGGCUCUUCUGGGCCUUUUUGCACCCGUGUAGCUGCGUAUGCUAGCAGGUGAUUUGUUGCUGUUGUGUUUAGACCCCGGCAGCGCUUCUAGCAUAAGAAGAAAAAAAAACCCUGUCCUGUACUCGUGGGUCUUUGCAGCGCUGCACCUGUGCUGUUGUUGAACACUGUAUUAUUUUCUAUAAGCACCAUCCAUAAUUCACGCGGUGGGGCAUCAAAUAUUGAGCGGAGAGAUGGAGCUGAGAGGUCAGGAGGCUUGUUUCUUGUGUACCCUUUCACAGACCCUCGUUUCUUUUUCCUUUCACUCGCAUCAGGGUCGUUUUCUCUCCGAGUCGUAUCAAAACACUCUUUUACCCUUUUAAGCUGCAUUUUUUUGCAUUUUUGUUGCAAGUAGUUUUUAAAAAAUGGAUACAUCAGCUCCCAAAACUGCUCUUACUUGAUCUCAUUUUCAGGAAAUGUGUCUGCAAAGACAUUCAAAGCAUUUACAAAACACUUGGUAUUGUCUCUUGUCGUUCAGAAUCAGCACUGACUCCAUUCUUCUGUCACUGUACGGUGGUGUUUCUUAAUGUAAAUCUGCAGUUACUGUAUUGUGUUUGAGACCAAGUGAGAUGCCACUUCUCCUCCAGGUGACAGAUAGAUGCUUUGUAAAGCCUUGCAUCAGUCAGACAAAGCCUUUGAUUUCAUUUUACUUUUACUUUUUAUUUUUCCGGCAGUUUCUUCUCUCUCAUGAGUUGAUAAAAAAAAAAAAUGUUGCUUUCGUUAUGUGCAAUCUGUGACAUCUUGCACUUGUGAACCACCAUCUCAGAAGGCCUUCUCGUGGCUCUCUCUUACUGCGUUAUGAUUUUAUUUUAAGGGUGAGAUCUUUUUGAGAUUGUGUGGAACUUUUAUUUUGAAAUUGAACUGCAUUGUUUUGUUUUUUUUCUUUUAUGCACAGCCAAGGUCCUCCAAAGGGCCAUAACGUCUUUUCUUUAAGCAGUAAAGGUAACUUAACAGCACCAGCUUCUACUUAUGCUCAACAAACUCUAUGUACAUAUAUAUAAAGUUAUAUAUGAAUAUAUAUGAUGGGUCUUUGCACACGUUCUCUCCAUGUCCGCUCCAUGUGAUUUCAACAGGAAAAAAACAAACCGCAAAGGAAGAUUCAGAAAAAAAGACUUUAUAUAUGCUUUACAGUUCUUUGUCUCAUUAACAUUUUGCACUUAUUUAAAGAGGCUUACUUCUGUUUCUGGGCUGACAGAGCUGUUUUCACGCUCGGCCAAGAUAUUGUACAAUAUGUAUAUGUAUUUUUAUUCAUAUGCAUAUAAAUAUAUGUCUAUGUAA